ACCGCGCGGCCGAGGGUAUAAGAAGCAGCGACCCGGACCAGCAGCUUAGUAGUACCUGAGUAAUCAGAGAGGAGGUGAGUACUUGCUGAGCUCACCUGGCCCACCACCAAGCUACCUGCCAUACCCACAAUACCUCUCACUACCUCGUAAAUUAUCACCACGCUUACCAACCUUUAUGUACGGGACAUUGCUGCCAGUGACCGAGUGUUAGAGACUCACAAGUAAGCGGUUGACUUGCAUCGCGAAAAACCUGCAUAAUGCUCAGCCAGCGAACGUGUGACUUGUUACUGAGGGUGUCGACGGUGGUCAUCCUAGCGGCGGAGAACGCCCACACCUCCAGAUUACCUCCGUCCAACCCCCUCCAGCCUCUCCUAGACCACACCCCGACCUACGACCAGCACUCAGCCUACAGGGUCUUCUAUCAAUCUGGGACGGAGAAAGAGCUGCCAGUGUGCUCGCCCUGGUCGGUGUGUAACAAGGUGGACACGUACGAUUCGCCGCGGGUAGAGCGUCAGUGUCGGUGCCCGGGAGGACGCACCUGCAGCGCCACCCUCAACCCCUCCGAUGGCCACACUAUCACCGACAAGACCAGGCAGUUCAAGUUGUGUGAACCCAUCAAGAAACUGCCCAAGUGUCGCUACUUUCGUGACGUGACGUGGACGUUCAUCACGUACCCGGACAACGUGACGCAGCAGAUCACGCACUGUGUCUGCCCCAAGAACUCCGUGGCAUACAUUAUCAAGCGGCAGGCCUACCAGACCGACCAGGGCAUCGGCUUCCAGUACAGUUUCGCCUGUUCACCUCAGAGUCGGCUUCGAUGUCAGCGGAAGGAGCCGUGCCGUCUCUUCACGGUAAAAAAGCGACCGCAGUUCGAGGAAGUGAACACGAACACAUUGUGCCAGUGUCCCCACGGCCACCGCUGCCCCCGCCACCACAUGGACCCCGGUGUCAUCCCCGGCAAAACUUACACCGAGGAUUCCAUACGUACUUAUAGCGGCUACUGCAUGUGAACUGUCAAUGAUGUUCGUUUGUCCGAUCAUAUACACCUCCAUGUGCAUCUUCCAGAGCUGCUGCAGCUGUAUCUGCCAUGUCUUUUGAGCGCCUAAGCUAUUGUAGGGGCUCAGCAUCGGCAUCUCGUAGACCUGGUGCAUAUAAGGGCGUUGAGUCAGCGUCCCGUCAUGCCGGCGCCUCAGCCAUCACUAGUAGUAGACCAGGGCGCCACUGUAGGCCCAGUAUCCGAACUGCUCCAGCGACUCAGCUGGUCCUGGUUUUAGCGGUGGAAUGUGUUGAAGAGAGCGAGGCGCGAGGGAGGCCUCCAUGUGAAGACACUAAAGUACCUCCUCCGCCUCCCGCUACUGUACCUGAUUAAGCGACGUUACACCGCCCUGUUGUGCCCUGCGAUCAUUGGUCGUCAUUUGUGAGUGUUGGUACACCUAAAAUUAUAAGCGUACUGUGGGGUGGUAAUGUACCUGCCACCUAGUUUUAAUUGUUCAGUUGACCGAGAGUCAACGCAAGUGGUCCUCAAACUAUGGUGUACGCAAGUGGCGGCCUGGACUGGGGUUUUUUGACUCCCAAAUUUGGUUUGUUACCUAAUUUGGGCGAGUUGCAGAGUCCUCUUUAUUUUAUAUUUUUGCAACGCUUAGCAGCUGUGCAUAAUUUUUAUUAUAAUGCCAUAUUUCCAGUACACAUUCAGUUAGGGACAGUCUCAGGGUUUUGUCGAGAAGACCAAAACCUCUUAUGGAAGGACUUUUGCGGGUUUGUGUCGAGCGGACCUACCCGGGUGUCUUGCAGGUCUAUGUCAGGGUCAUGUCGAGGUGACCAGGCCCGGGGAGACACAUGACCCCACCUGGCCUGAGUCACUCACAGUCAACACUCUUUUAUCAUUGACAAAGUUUAUUCUCAUAGUUUUGGUGAAAUAUUUAACAUUCACCCAAAUCCUCAGUACAAUUGAGCUUAUUAAUGACCUUAUUUUAAGAUGUAAACAAAACUUGCACUUGACUCAUUAGAAGGUGAUGAUUGCUGGGAGCGCCUCUACCUGACUACUGUAGGUCCUAUCUGUGACUAAGUCUAACUAUUAUGCUCGAUGAUAGUUAGACGGCUAUAUAUAUAUAUAACGUAUCAAUGUUUAUGUCUUGACGAUGAUGAAGAUAAAUAUAAUGCAUUUAUUUUUAGUUGACGUCGAUGUGCUAGUCAGAGUAUAUUGUAAAGCUGAAGUAAUUAUUGUAGUUCCUGUCUGCUGUGUCACUCUUACCGGAGUUAUUGUACGGGCCUGGUGUCCCUCCAGCUGUAUGACUUGACCCACACCGCAAUACCUGCACCGCACUCUCGCACACCACAAUACAACGCCAUAGCACCACGACACCAUAAAAGUAAUCUAUAGACUUUUUUUUUAAUCCAGACUUAUUUAUAACUUCUAGUCACCGCCUUUUUAAAAUCUUCAUUUCCCUGUCUAGUGUGGUUAAUGUGAGAAGGUGCUAAGGAGGAGGUGUAGGGCGGCGAACGCUCAAAUGGUGGAGGGAGACCAGAAGGGCCUACCAAUACACCCCGGGGCCCAAGCAUCACUGUGUGUGGACAUGUUGUAGCCUCCUGUUAAACAAAGUGACAAUAAAAAGCUUACUGGAUGUAUACGAAAAAA